AUGUCCAACACAUCCCUUCGACGCCCGCAAAAGGGCUUCCGUCGCGGUGGAAAGACAGCCUACCAUGGUCCUCGCCAACGGACCUUUGCCGCGUCGACACGUGCAGAGGGCACGUCGGCCGACGAGAAGUGGGAGCGCACACGGCUGGCUCAGACAAUCGAUGAUAACAUGGGCUUCUCGCGGUACGACAGUGGUAAGAAGCGUGAGGGCUGGAUGGUAGGCAUUCAACCCACGUCUAUCGAGGACGACAGGUUGCCACAUGGCCGUGCCGCCCUGGACUGCUACUUCCUCGAGGAAGAUGGGGGUCACUUCAAGGCCACCAUUGAAUACGAACCUUACUUCCUCGUCGGUAUCAAGAAGGGCCACGAGUCCGAGGUUGAGGAGUGGCUCAAGCGUGUUCCUGGAGACGGCAUCGUCAAAACAGUCCGUCGCAUUGAAAAGGACGACCUCAACAUGCCCAAUCAUCUUAUGGGCUACAAGAGACCUUUUCUCGAGCUCAAGUUUGCCAAUGUGAAUGACCUCAUGGCUGCUAGGAGGGACAUCAUGCCUAUUGCUGAGAGGAAUAGGAAAAACAUGAAUGCCAUGGAUGCUUAUGCUGAAGUUGCUACGGCAAACGGCAACUUUGAUAUUUUUGACGAUUCACGAGACGAUGAUAGAAUGAUGAAUACUUCCCUCGAUGCGAGCGAUUAUAUUGUGGAUAUCCGAGAGUACGAUGUCCCUUACCACGUCAGAGUAAUGAUAGACAAGAAUCUGCGAGUUGGCAAGUGGUACUGGGUUGAGGCCAAGCACGGAGUUACCAAGAUCUUGCCAAAUGAGGAGAGGUCUCUCCCAGCCGAGCCUGUUGUCAUGGCCUUUGAUAUCGAAACGACCAAGGCGCCCCUCAAGUUCCCCGACGCAGCCGUUGACGAGAUCAUGAUGAUUUCGUACAUGAUUGACGGUCAGGGAUUCCUCAUCACCAACCGCCAGAUUGUCUCGGAGGACAUUUCCGACUUCGACUACACCCCGAAGCCAGAGUACCCCGGCCCCUUUAUGAUUUUCAACGAACCAGACGAGAAGGCGGUCAUUGAGCGAUUCUUCCUGCAUAUCAAGGAGGCCCGACCGUCCGUCAUAGCUACAUACAACGGAGACUUUUUCGACUGGCCCUUUGUCGAGGCCCGAGCUAGUGUCAACGGCAUUGACAUGUACGUCGAGAUUGGUUGGAAAAAGGACAACGAGGAUAUCUACAAGUGUAACUAUGGUGUUCAUAUGGACUGCUUCCACUGGGUCAACCGAGACUCUUACCUGCCCCAGGGAUCGCGUGGUCUCAAGGCCGUCACCGUUGCCAAGCUGGGCUACGAUCCGGACGAGCUUGACCCCGAACUCAUGACCCCCUAUGCUAGCGAGAGACCCCAGACACUGGCUGAGUACUCCGUCUCUGAUGCCGUUGCCACCUACUACCUCUACAUGAAAUACGUCCAUCCCUUCAUCUUCUCCCUCUGCACCAUUCUCCCCAUCGGCGCCGACGACACCCUCCGCAAAGGUACCGGUACCCUCUGCGAAAUGCUUCUCAUGGUCCAGGCGUAUGAGAAGAACAUUGUGCUUCCAAACAAGCACACGGCGCCUAACGAGGCCUUUUGGGAUGGCCACCUGCUCGACUCGGAAACGUAUGUCGGUGGUCACGUCGAGAGUAUCGAGGCCGGUGUCUUCCGUGCCGAUAUUCCCGUCGAUUUCUCCGUCGAUCCCGGCGCCAUUGACGAGCUGCUAAACGACCUGGACGACGCUCUGACAUUCUUUAUCACCAUUGAAGAAAAGAAGAAGCUCGAAGACAUCGAAAACUACGACGAGGUCAAGGAGCAAGUCAAGGCCCGCCUGUUGGACAUGAAGAAGACGCCGAACCGUCACGAGCGCCCCCUGAUCUACCACUUGGAUGUCGCAUCCAUGUAUCCCAAUAUCAUGACUACGAACCGUCUCCAGCCCGACUCCAUGGUUGAUGAGUCGGACUGUGCAGCGUGCGACUUUAACAGGCCGGGGAAGACGUGCGAUAGGCGAUUGCCCUGGUCGUGGAGAGGAGAGUACAUCCCAGCCAAGAUGGACGAGUACAAGAUGAUCCGGAACGCUCUCGAGAACGAACGGUUCCCUGGCAAGACGGUGCAUGCCCCGAUGCGCACCUUCCAAGAGCUCCCCAAAGAUGAGCAGUCCAAACUCAUCCGAAAGCGUCUGCAGCUGUACUCUCAAAAGAUUUACCACAAGAUCCACGACUCGACCACAAUCACUAAGGAGGCUAUCAUCUGCCAACGUGAGAACCCCUUCUACGUCCAUACGGUGCGUGACUUCCGUGACCGUCGCUACGACUACAAGGGCAAGACCAAGAUGUGGAAGGGCAAGGCCGACAGCCUCAAGGCCGCGGGAGCCCCAGCCAACGAGGUGGAGGCCGCCAAGAAGAUGAUCAUCGUCAACGACUCGCUGCAGCUUGCCCACAAGGUCAUUCUCAACUCCUUCUACGGUUACGUCAUGCGUAAAGGUUCGCGAUGGUACUCGCUCGAGAUGGCAGGCGUCACCUGCUUGACAGGUGCCAGGAUCAUCCAGAUGGCCCGGCAGCUGGUCGAGCGCCUGGGGAGGCCCCUGGAGCUGGACACGGACGGUAUCUGGUGUAUGCUCCCGGCCACGUUCCCCGAGAACUUUGGCUUCAAGCUGAAGAACGGAAAGAAGCUCACGCUGUCGUACCCCUGCGCCAUGUUGAACCACCUGGUCUUCCGAUACUUCACCAAUCACCAGUACCAGACACUGGUGGACCCCAAGAAGCACAAGUACGAGACGCACAGCGACAAUACCAUUCUGUUCGAGGUCGACGGCCCCUACAAGGCCAUGAUCCUGCCCACAUCCAAGGAGGAGGACAAGAACCUCAAAAAGCGUUACGCUGUCUUCAAUGAUGACGGAAGCCUGGCUGAGCUCAAGGGUUUCGAGGUCAAGCGUCGUGGUGAGCUCAAGCUCAUCAAGAUCUUCCAGCAGCAAAUCUUCAAGUUCUUCCUCGAGGGCAGCGACCUGACGCAGUGCUACCAGGCUGUCGCCAAGGUUGCCAACCAGUGGCUCGACGUGCUGCACAACAAAGGAUCCACACUGGCCGACGAGGAGCUCAUGGACCUGAUUUCUGAAAACAGGAGCAUGUCCAAGACGCUUGAGGAGUACGGCGCACAGAAGUCAACCAGUAUCACCACGGCAAAGCGCCUGGCAGACUUUCUCGGAGAGCAGAUGGUCAAGGACAAGGGUCUCAACUGCAAGUUCAUCAUCUGCGCUCGCCCCCGAAACGCCCCCGUCACCGAGCGAGCCGUCCCCGUCGCCAUCUUCUCGGCCGAGGAGUCAGUCAAGCGCACGUACCUCAAGAAGUGGCUCAAGGAGGAGCCCACCGACACGGACCCGCGAGCCCUCCUCGACUGGGACUACUACCUCGAGCGUCUCGGCUCCGUCAUCCAGAAGCUUAUCACCAUUCCUGCCGCCCUACAAAAGGUCCGCAACCCGGUCCCGCGCGUGCCUCAUCCGGACUGGCUCCAGAGAAGGAUCAAUAUCAAGGAUGACAAGAUGAAGCAGAAGAAGCUCACCGACCUGUUUGCUUCCUCCAAGGGCCCCCUUGAGGACAUAACCAACCUCAAUGGGGCCGCGACGCGCAGCAUGGACGACAUGGAGGACUACGGCAACAGACUACUCAAGCCAAAGACUGUUGGAUCCGCCGUGGCUUCGUCGCAGCAGCAGCAGCAGCAGCAGCAGCAGCAGUCACUCACGCCUGUAGCACAGAAGCGCAAGUCUCCGGAGCCUCCAGAGAACCCGGAUCCCAUGGCAGCUCUACCCAAGGUCAUGCCUGAUCCGUCUGAGGACUACCCGGCCUUUAUCAGCUACCAGAAGCAAAAGUGGAAGAUCCAGAAGGAGGCUCGGGUGCGCAGACGACAGCUAUUCGGUGACAAGAGAGGUCUGGCGGGCGGUAACAUCCAGCAGACAUUCAUGAAGCAGGCCCACACGACCUUCAUGAACACCUGGCAGCUGCUCCAUCUCAAGUCGACAGACAGCCCGGGAGUCGUUACAGCCCACGCCCUGAUCGAUGCCAAGAUCCACACGCUCAAGGUCAAGGUCCCGCGACAAGUCUUCCUCAACCUCAAGAGCAAGGAUCUCCCUGACGUGGUGAUUGAGGGCUGCGAGGUCGAGCAGGUCAACUACACGCUGCCCAACGGACACGCGUCGAGCCAUCUGUUCAAGCUGACGGUGCCCGAGGAGAUUUACUUCAACGAGGCCGAGAAGUUCUCCCUCCUCUUCAACCACCCUAGCGUCGAGGGCGUGUACGAGACGCAGCUGCCUCUCAACAUGCGCGCUGUCCUCCGCCUGGGCAACCUAUGCACCGUCGACGAGGAGCAGCAGGGUGUUCUGGGCCGAGGAUUGGAGCAGGGGUUCGACCUGGCUGGCCUGAAACGACCCUCCAAGACACGGACCUACCUCGACUCGUGCCCCUUCGCGUACGUGUACAUCUCGCACAUCACCUCUGGAGAACGACAAAUCUUUGGCAUCUUCUCGACGACGCACGACCAGGCACACAUUGUGAUCUUGCAGAAGAACAGGGACUCGGGCCACGACCUGCCCAACGUGACACGCUUCUACUCGGAGAUGCUGGCUAAGCGCGCCGAGGAGGCGGCCGGCACGAACUGGCAGGACUGCUUCCGGUAUCAGGACAAGGUGUCAUUCAAGAUUACGCAGGUGACGACCCGACGCAAGGCGCAUCUCGAAGUAGGCGACGUGGUCAAGAAGAUGCGCAAGGAUCAGGUCAGGCCCCAGAUGCUGGUGGUCCAGUCGUCACAGUGCAACCAACUCGUCCACGACGUGCCCGUCCUGGGCGAGUUCCCGGUUCUGCCGCUCAAGUACGACGCCACCGACAGUUCGCUGCCCCCGCUGGGUUGGCAGACCGUCGUCGCCCGCCGGCUAGUUGGCCACUACCUCGGUCUCGGAUCGUGGAUUCUCCACCUCACGGCCCUCGCGCGCUACGGUGACGUGCCCCUGUGCAACCUAGAGCGUGAAGACCCGCGGUUCCUCAUCGACGUGGCGUACGCUCGCCGCCUGCAGGCCAACGGGGUCGUCCUGUGGUGGUCACCCGGUCCGCGCCCCGACCACGCCGGAUACGAGCGCGACGACCUGCUCGGCCCCCUGGACACGGUAAAGCUGCCCAACGUCAACAACCCGGGCACCUUUUCGUCGGUGUGCGUGGACCUGGAUGUGCGCAACCUGGCCAUCAACACGAUCCUGACGUCGUCGCUCAUCAACGAGCUCGAGGGCGCUGGAGCCGACUCCAUGUCGUUCAACCCCACGGCGGACGGCUCCGAGAUCCUAGAGUCGGAGAGCGCCUUUGCCAACGCCGGCGUCGUGGUCCUGCGAGAGAUGGUUAAAGCUUGGUGGGGGGAGGCGUGCCGUGGCAGCACCAUGGCCGACGUGCUGGUGCAGCACCUGGUGCGGUGGGUGGAGAGCCCGGAUUCGUUCAUGUACGACCACGCGCUGCACUACUACGUGCAGAUGAUGUCGCGCAAGGCCUUCCAGCAGCUGAUGGCCGACUUCCGCCGCGUGGGCUCGCAGGUGGUGUUUGCCAGCUCCAACCGGCUGAUCCUGCAGACGACCAAGUCCGAGGUCAGCACGGCCUAUGCCUACAGCCAGUACAUUAUCAAGUCGAUCAAGAGCAAGCCCCUCUUCCACUUCAUCGACCUCGAGAUCAAGGAGUACUGGGACUAUCUGGUGUGGUACGACGAGUUCAACCACGGCGGCCGGGCCUGCCAGCAGAUUACCGAGCCGGCGCCGGGGGCCACGGACGGAGACCAGCCCCUGGAGACGAUCAUGAACUGGCAGAUGGCCACGUUCCUCCCGGCCAGGCUGCAGCCCGUCUUCCAAGACUGGGUGGUCGAGUUCAUCGAGCUGAUGCACGGUCUCAAGCGACAGUCGGCGGACCCGGACUCGACGCCGCGCCUCACACAGCUCCCGCCCACGGCAACGGACGGCGAGGAGCGCCAGGUGCUUCUCGGCAAGGCGUUCGAGAAGCCCCUUAAGAAGGCGAUCUCGGGGCUCGUGGCCCAGCAGAAGCGUGAGAUGCUCCACCCGGAACUAGCAGGCGACUACACGUUCCCGCAGCUGCCGGGAUCUCACCUGACGACGAUGCGCAACCCGAUCCUCGAGCUGGUCAAGAUGCUGAUGCAGGUCCUCUCCUUGGACCGGAGCAUCAGUAUGGAAGCCCGUCUCCUGCGCAAGGAACUCCUCGCCAUGUUUGACGUGCGCGAGUUCUCCCGCGACGGCACCUUUGUCAACCCCUCGGAGACGCUCAAGCUCAGCCAGAUCAGCUGCGACAGCUGCACCAUGACGCGCGACCUGGACCUCUGCCGCGAUAACCUCGACCCAUCCCAGAGCCAGACCCAGUCAUGGCGCUGCGCCCACUGCGACGCCGAGUUCGACCGCGUCGUGCUGGAGGAGCGCCUCCUCGCCACCGUCGAGAGCUGGGCUGUCCAGUGGGCUACGCAGGACAUCAAGUGUCAGCGUUGCAGCACCUUGAGGGUGAACGACCUCAUGGAGCACUGCCCCUGCGGUGGAGAGUGGACGUGCGUCGUUGACAGGACCGGCAUAGCAAAGCAGUUGGCUGUCAUGAAGCGUGUUGCCGGUUUCUAUGGUCUACGCAUGCUGACCGAUGUCGUCGGGGAUCUGAUGGAGGAUUUGUAG